CGAGGUAUCAAGGCCUAACCACUUGUAGCGGUCUGUGACCUGUAGUCAAGGUAACUCCUGGGUAUCCUCGACGUUUGAAAGAGGACUCACAAUCGAGGAUAGAUCACUCACCCACAGGAGAAAUCUUAAAGGUCCUGGAAUUGCAAAUUCCUCAAGGAAAUUCGUGAAGGAAAGCUUUUUUGUUCUUCUUCUUCUAAGAACUGCCUUCGACCAGGAAAGGAUCCCAUAAUAGUAUUUAAUUAUUCGGCGAAAUUUAAUGGAAAUAUGCUUCACUGAUAAGCCAUUGCAAGACACGAAAUAAAAAAAAGUUGCGCACUUGUAAACAUUGAACCAAAAUUAGAAUGCCGAAUAUGAAUAGGCCUAUACACCGAGACGAUUUUUCUGACAAGUACUAUACUGUACAGCUUUUGCAUUCGAUCACGAACCUUGAGCAAAUAUCUUCCAAUCACCGUCCGCCUUGCAGGGUGAACUUCAGUGACCAUGAUGCAACAAGGACGUGAUUGGCUCGAUGCUUGGAUUAUGCAGAAUUAUGCAAAUUAGUUUCGUGAAAAAAAGUUAACAGCCUCUAUAAAACCCGUCGACUUCUUCCAGAAAUCCGUAGAAGACCGAACUCUCGAUUUUUUUUUCUUGGUAACAUCGAGAUUCAGGUAUCUGUAUCGAGAUGGUUACUUUCUCAAACAAGUCGAUUUUGUGGGUCUUUUUGAUUGGCUUUUCCCUUGAAACUGUCUCGGGAAAGAGAGCUCAUCACGAAGGGAAGCCCGCUCGGAGGACCUCGGGCUAUGAGCAUUCGAAGAAAUUUCCUAAGGAUGAAAUUGAUAGACGUCACGUCUAUCGCGCUCCCAGCAGCACCAAAUCUAGCCGUCACUUUUGCGGUACUUCGACGCAGCGCUCCACUAGUCCUAACGAUGAGUUUCGUUUUGCGCGACUCGCCGACGAUUGGUCCGAGAAAUCUCAGAGUCAACGGCAACGGCGUGAUGCGUCCGCGGGCUCGGCGGUGUAUUUCACGGGGAGCGGAGAUGCUCUUCAGUACCAAACAUCACCGGAACAGAGUCGGCUUCCACGGCAGGAGUUCUCGGUUGCACUUUGGGUGAAGCCAGCAGGAGGGCAGAAGAAUUCUGCUGUCAUAAUUGGUUUACUAGACACCUGUCGGGGUACUGGCAAUCACUGGACUUGGUCUCUGGGUAUCAGUACGGACCAGGAGCAACCGGGACAAGAUGCUAGGUACUUCAUGUCAGUUACUACGGAUCGAUCACCUGCCGCAAGCUCGGUGAGAAGCACGAGCAGAUAUGAAGAAGAAUUGUGGACGCACCUAGCAGCAUCGUAUGAUGGAAAGCAUUUGAGUCUUUACGUCAAUGGCGCCAAGGUGGCCGUGGGCGUAGGUACAGGAGGACCGAUGUUUAGUGAAGUAAUGCUUGAGUGCAAGGAACUAGUGAUUGGUGGCAGCAUCAAUGAUGAGAACGGAUUCCGUGGAGCUGUGGAUGAAAUUACAGUCUGGUCUGAAGCCCGCCCUCACCGACAACUUAGAGACAGCUUCUCAUCCUCCCAGAUGCAAAGCGGUGUCAUCCUCCGGGAGAACUUUGACGACGAUUGGUCGAACUGGAAGACGGCAGCUGACAGUGAACCGCUGUUCAUUUCCUCAGAUAUCCAUAGUGAGCUGCAUCACUUGGUUGCUAAGAUACCGCAGUGUGGUGUCACCAUCUGUGAUGAUCCUCACGUUGCUAAGAGUUACAUCAAUCAACCAGAGCUACGAGCACACAAGACGAUCAGAUACCGCGCCAUUACCAUGGCAGAAAAUGACGGAGCCAAUCCAAUCAUUGAUACUGAAUCCAUUCGCCGUAAACACGCCAUGGUCAAUGAAGCUUUCAGUUCUCACAAUAUCUCGUGGGAAUUGACGGAUUUUGUGGUGAGGAACACGUCACUGAGGCACCGCGUCGUCCUCGUUCUUUGUGACAUUAACGACAUCGGAGAUGGGCGGUGUGAUGAAGAAUGUAGCUAUGACGUCACUGGCAACGACGGUGGAGAUUGUGCUGAGGAGGCCGGAGGGGAACCGUGUUUGGAUGAACAGAUAGGCAACGGUGUCUGUGAUAGUGUGUGCAACACCGGAGACAAUGAAUUCGAUGGUGGAGACUGUUGCAACCCGACUGUUGCCGACGUCAAUAUGACGUGUUUCGAUCCAAGUUCUCUAUACAGGAAUUAUUUGACAGUUGGUGAACUGAAAGGAACCAUUGCUAUGGAAUCGGAUUCGCACCUCAAUGUAUACUUUGUCAACUUUGCGGAUCCUACCAUUGAGGGCGUUGCUACCUUUCCAUGGGAAAUGGACGUACAUGGACAAUUCGGUGGGACAGUGUUACAAGGAGACACCUGUAAAUCUGAAUCCUCUUCAGAAACCUUUAUCCAUGAGUUAGGUCACAAUCUUGGUCUGUGGCAUGUUCAUCAAAGCAUGGAAUGCACGGACGAGUGUAGAGAAAAGACUGCAUCAGAUGUUUUAGGUGAUCUAGUUGAAGAUACAAACCCUACGCCGGAGAAUGAGUUUUGCAGGGAUCCAAGAUCAUGUGACUCGGACACGUGUUUCGGUGAGGUCGAAUUUAAGGAAACGCCCUACCGGAAUUUCAUGAGCUACACAGAUGCCGACUGCACUGACCAUUUUACAGAGCAGCAAGGCGCUCGUAUGCACUGUUAUAUCGAUCUCACGUACCAAUCCUGGCUCCUUCAAGAACCGGUGUCCAUCCCAUCCAUCGGUACACCGCUCAGCUUACGGGUGGUGUCGGAGCGCCCCCACUCGACCACUCUCUCCUGGCUUCCACCAGUGUCUGAGCACGGAGACAGUUCGCAGGAGGGGGCGUGUCUGGGCUGUACUGAGGGGGGUCGUUUGGUGCAGUACGCAAGCUCAGCUCGGUUCUAUCCAGCAUCAGUUCGCAUGUAUUCAUGGUAUCCGUCUCCUGACGAAGCAACAGGUCCCCCUGAUGCUGGUGUGAAGUGUGCUUACAGUCCCAACUCCUGGAUACCAGCGGGUCGUAAGGCCCUAUGCGAUGAUUGUUACCUCGAACUAGGCUUCAAAUCAGCCGUCGCUCCUUAUGAAUUAAUCCUCUGGUCCAACUACCCUGACGACACGAAUACAGGUGUCAGGAAUUUGGAGUUGGUGUACAGAGAUGGUAGCACCGAGUCGCUGGGACCCUUAACGAUAUUUUGCGAUAUGCCAUUCACUAUGCGCCUCACACAUAUCAGCAGGAAGGUACUGGCUAUACGGGUCUACCCUACGCAGGAUUUCAGCUUAGACGCCGUGCAGUUGGUGUCAGUUGCUGAUUGGUCUGGAUGUGCCGGCUGUCAAAUCCUGAACUACAAGGUACUUCGAGAUCCAGCUUUCUCAGACGGGGACAACAGCCGAGUUGUACCGACGACUGUCUUCACCGACGAUGACGUUGAGGAUGACGUCACAUAUUCAUACAGAAUCCAGGCUUUCCAAGAUGAGGAGAAUGGUUUGUUGACGACACCAUUACGUCAUCAUCAUGGUCAGGAAUUCUGUGGCAAUGGACGCCGGGAAAGAAGUACUGGUGAAGAAUGUGAUGACGGGAACACAUCAGGCGGAGAUGGGUGCAGUAUGGACUGCAAAGUUGAAGAGUUUCACGAAUGCAAAGGCGAAUCCAGCAUUUGCAGUCACGUUUCGACUACCAGCAUCAAGCAUCUCGGUCUCCAAUCUUCAAGCAGUAUCUACCCUACGCCUCCUGGUUUUGAAGACCAGUGGGUUGAGUCUGCAGUCGCUAACCCGAUGUAUCAAAUAAGCAAAGAAAACCCAGUUAGCGCUCUAGUUGGACCCCCUAGCUCCCCCAAAUGUGGCAUGGCGGUGGAAUCAAGUCCUGGGUGGUACCCACUGGACUUGUACGAUGACUCGGAUAAAAACUACUGGGUGAAGGUGCGUUUUGCCAAACCUGUUGUGGCAACCGCUGUAAUCGUUCAUUUGGCGGCAGACGGUCUUCGGUUCGGGACUUCCCAGCUCUCCCUGGAACUAAUCGGGACAGACGGCGCGAUUCACGGCAGACCGUUCACCGAUCGUCCGGUGACGUGUCAGGACAACCCGGUGUAUUUUAACAUCACUCAUGACUUGAACGCUCCAUUCGCUCAUACUAAAGAGAUUCGGAUUCGUCUGAGCUCUGACACCGUCGCGAGUAUAUCCGCAGUCCGCUUACGAUCUCGGGCGUCGUUUGACCCAGUCUCAGUUGCCUCGUGUCGUCCUGGUCAACUCUUCAAUCCGUCCACUGGUCAGUGUGUGUCGUACACGUGUGUGUGGCCAGAAUGUGAGGAACUGACCAUCCUCCACGCAGUGGUCAAUUGUAGUGGUAGUAGGGAAGGUGAUGUAUGCAGAGUGGGGUGUGAAGAAGGCUACAGUACGGACGGGACACAAACAGAAGCUGAGAUGUUGUGUGUGGAUGGCGCAUGGCGUGGACCAGAGAUGAUCUGUAAGGCUGUGGACUGUGGAGAACCAUCCCUCCCUUACGCUGAAGUCGUGUGCUCCAUGGGAGCAUUCGGGAAACAGUGUAAACUCAAAUGCAUCCCUCCCGCCAAAAUGCAAGGCACAGUACAGACAUUAACGUGCAUGGCAGACGGCCUGUACUCGUUACCCGAAGCAUUCUGCCAACUUCAGUGUGACGUUCCCUACGUACCCAAUGCAAUGCUCAUGAGUCAACAGUGUCAAACCGGCAGUCAUAAUAUUGGAACCGUAUGCAAAUUCCGAUGUGACGUAGGCUAUCACGUGCCUGGACAGGCCUCCAAAAGACGAAAGCCCCAGAAGUUGAGGUACAAAUGCACUGAGGAUACCACGUGGUCUGGGCCAUCCUGUGAACCUGUUGCUUGCGACCCUCCUCCAAUGAUAUUCAAUGAUCUCUACACGUGCACUGAUGGGUUCAAUUACAACAGCGAAUGUCAUUUGGGAUGUGAUGACGUCACUGGUGACGUAGGGCUCGAGGUGGUGAAUACAAUUCGAUGUCUGCAAGAUCCACUUGAUCCCAGUCGAGGUAUUUGGGAUGGUGAUUUCACGUUAUGUAGAUCCUUUGAAGGAUUAUGUGAUCCGCCUGAACCAAGCAGUAAUACGCACGUAGAACUGAGAUGUGAUCAUGGCUACAGCGUAGGUUCAUAUUGUACAGCCAUUUGUCAAGACGAGUAUGGAUCAGACAAGGAGCCAGUCUUACUUGCAGCAAACUCCUCCUCACCUUAUCUCCCUGAUAGUGAUUGGACCAAAGCUAAUCACGUGAUCACGUGUACUGACCAACGACAAUGGUUUCCCGACCCUGGACGGAUCACAUGUGUUGAGGAAUGUGUAGAGCGCGACAUUGCUAAUGGUAUAUGCCAACAGAUCAACAAUCGUGCGUACUGUAAUUGGGAUGGUGGCGACUGCUGUCGGUCAACCACGAGCGCUGAUUACGUCAUCACAACCAGAGAUGACAGUGAUGCAGACAACGAUUCCUUGUGUUUCGAUCCCCAGGCUCAAGAGAAUCAACCGACCAAUGGCUCGAAUAGAAGGAAUCGAUUAUAAACGACUUCUAAACGAUCAUGUCUGGUUUUAUUAAUCAAGAAAUAUACCACAUUAUAACCAACAGGGUAAACCUUUAGAAUCGUAGUAAUUAAGUAUAAAAAAAACCUGUAAACGUUACAAAUACUUAUUCAACUAGUAUAAAUGAUCCAGCUGUUGCUAGUGGAUUAUAGGUAUAAAAAACUACAGCGCGUCCGAAAAAUACCCCGCAACAUUGUUUUGCGAGGCUCUAUACGUCGCCGUGGAAACACGUACCGCCAUUAUUUUUAUGUAAUUUUAAAGCUUGGAAUCUUAACUUUAUCCCUGGUAAGUAUUUGUGUGAUUUUCAAAAGGGUUUUGAUGUUAUUUCGUGUUCCAGUAAAGGCAUGUCAAAAACAAACUCAACCGAUUCCAAGGAAAAUCAAUCAUGCGCAUUUUUCUAAUGUGGAAAUGCUUCAUCAUGCAAAAAAAGUCGCGGUUAUUUUGGGACGCGCUGUAGUUGUACAUAUUAAUAGCAUUUGAAACUUCUCACACAAUUUUUUUUUAAAGCAAUGCCAGUAAAGUUCUCUCAGGAUUAAGAGAAGAAACUCAAGAUCAAUGCAAUUGUUUUAGUAGUUCGCACUUGAUUUUAUUUGCAUGAGUGACGACGCGUUACAGGCACGUAGGAACCGGGGGGGGGGGCCGCGGGGGCCAUUGGCCCCGCUGAAAAUAUGAUGGGGGCCAUGGGAGGGUUGCAACCCCCCCCCCCUUCAGCCGCUGACUUUACUAGUAAAAUGGGGUUAAAAUAAUAAAUGGAAUGCUAAAUUAAGUGCUGAAAUUGAUUCUCAUAUUGCCUUAAAAUGCAGGGAAAAUCGUAUAGAUUUCAAAAUUCUAGAGGGGGCAUGCCCCGGACUCACGCUUUCACUCAACCCCCCCCCCCUUUCAUUUAACGCCCUUUGCCUGAAAGCUAGAUCCGUCCCUGAUUGUUUUUAUACAUUCGUGUGACAUAGGUAGUGAGUUAAGAUAAGGUUAUAAUGCUACUCGUUUUAUAAUAGAAAUUUCUGGAGUUGUCCACUAACGGUUUUUCUCUCUUACGUAUUUACAGACUCAGAACAAGUUCUUGUGUACAUUGAAAAUGAACAAACAGGCUGAAAAUGUCUAUUUUUCUCAUAGUAUUCCAUUUCACUUGGAAUUUUUAUGAAAUUAUUAUAACAAAGUUUUUAUUAAAUUUAGACUGAAUGAGAACCU